AGAUUGGCCCGAGACAAUGGUCACAGCUCCACCUGAGAUUUUGAAGCGGGUUUGGAAAGAGGUCCGUGAGCCCAUCAGCGAGCCUGAUCUGGGCAUCUAUGUGCCAGCAGUGCCCUUGGAUGGGAAUGCGAUCUUGCCACUACGUGCCCAUGCCGUAAUCGUCAGCCCGCAGAGCCAUUCGGUGCCGGUUCUCAUCAGCGUGGCGUACCGCGACACUUACCCCUACAGGCCAAUGGACCUGAAGUUCCUCUCGCGUGUGCCUCAUCCGCUGAUCCGCGACGAUGGCUCCAUGGAUUUGGACAUCCUGCAGCAGGACGCGAAGUCCGAAUGGUCCCCUGCCUGGACUUUGAGGUCCGUGCUCACCUCCCUGGUCUCCGUUCUGAACGAUCCCACCCAUCCGGACCACCUGCGUGAAGGCUGCGUGGCGAAUGAGGACUGGGAUCUGGGCAGCAUCACCACAGAGCCGCGGAACCUCCCCGAGCUCUUUGAGACCCUCAUGGAGGCUGCAGCCUCAGACGACUGGCAGAGCUGGCGCUUCCUGCGGGGUCUGCGCAGUUUGCUGUCCACGCAACCCUUGGCUUACACCUCCUCCCGAGCGCAGUGGUACCGCUUCCUCCGCGGCACCGCUCGGCUCUGCAGCUCCUUGCGCGGGUGGAAGUCUCCCGAGAUGCCGUCCGCGGCCAGCAGCGCGAAAGAGCGCUGGAUCCGGGAGGCGCACGCGUUGCUGAAGCGGCACUACCGCCUGGACGCGCUGCGAAUUUUGCACCGCUGCCGGCUGCGGGAGGAUGGCUCUGGGCUGGGAGACCUCCGGAAGAUCACCCGGGUCUGGACGGUGAUCCAGGCCUUUGUCUCCGACACGGACGCCUCUGAACUGAUCGCAGAGGCCGCCCUCUGGAGCAUGGACUGAGCGAGAAUCGGGUGAACCGGAGAUCCACGAGACGGGCGGUUUGUGUAGCCCGGGGAUCUCUUUAAUCUCAUGUC